AUGGCUUCUUAUUGUGCACUCGCCUUGGCUGGUUUACUGCAUUUCGUAAUUGGUGUAACCAUCUUCAUAACGCCCGGAACCAAGAGCUGUUCACCGGCUCCAGUGUUGGCCAGUUGGAUAUCCAUUGGAGGCAUACUAAUGAUUAUUGGCAAUCUUAAUUUGAACUAUCCUUGGUACACACGUUUACCGCAUGGCCUGCAAGUUAUAGUCGAGGUUGGCAUUUUGUUGGGCCUGCUCGAGUUCUAUUCUCUGGUGAUAUGGUGUAAGCUGGAGCGUUUGUUAUACCUAAUUCUAAGGCACAUUCUGCUGACCCUGGGCAUGUCAGAGAGUGCCUAUUUGACCUACGAAUAUGGAAUGCUAGCCGUGGCCACAACUCUCAUGGCCUUGGCCCUGUGCUUUGUGGUUAAAUUGGCCACUUCAACAAGUUUUUUCGUUGAGAGCGAAAGGGAUCCCAUGAUUUAUUUGAAUAUGGAAUUGUAUGAGGAGGUUGUUAGUCGCAAAAAGCAACGAAUGAGAAGAGUUCUUCUACACUGA